AUUGAUGUAAAAUUUAAUUCCGUUGAAGAACAUUUCGAGGACUUUGAAGAUGAUUCAAACAGCAGAGAAGGCGAUGAAGCAGGAAUGGUGGAAAUAAAAUUGUCGCGGUUAACCCAGAAAAUAAUCGGUUGUGAAAUUGGGGUAAAUGUGUCAGCUGAAUAUCCAUGGAAGUUUGUUAAGAAAGAAAUUAUUGAAGACAAUCUUGAUCUACAUCAUGAGAACAGUGAGUUUUUUCCAAUACGUCAUAAAAUAUUCGAGUAUCCGGAUGAUAAUAUUUUCAUUGGUUAUGCAUCGAGUAAUAAAACCGCUGACGAUAAUGAAAAUCUUGGAACUAAUGAUGAUAAUGACAGUGAUAGUGGAAUAUUUUUUAUGUGUCUCUCGAAGUCAAGUCGAGAUCUAGUCACACGUAAAAUCAAAGCUAGAAGAAUGAGAAUUUAUAAUCUCAUGAAAAAAUCUUUCUACAAAGCAGCUGGUCGUUGGAAAACUUUGGGAAGUGACGCGGAAAUUGAUGAAUCAGUAGUCAAAAAUUCUCGACCUCUUUAUGAAAUAGAAAUGAAAAAGCGAAAACGUGUGGACACUUUGAUAAAAUUGGUAAGCCGCAACGCUGAAGACCAGAGAGACGGUUACGUUGAGCUAGUGGGUACCAGGCAAAGCUUCAACAACGUCUCUCGAAGACUUGUUUCACGAGGUAACCAAGCUAAUCCAACGACUAGUGACAACGAGGUACAGACGACAACCAAGACUCCUGUAGACUCGUGGUUUCAGUACUCCUAUGACUACACGCCGAUCAAUACCACAGAUUUUAAUAAAGAUCUGGAACAAGCUGCUCGGAAAUUUCUUGACCGUUACAGAGAAUUUACCUGCGAGCAAGUAUUUUGGAAUGCCUCUUGGGAUCUGCACGCAGACGAUUGCAAGAAUUUAGUAGAGGAUGAAAGAGAUACCCGAGUUCCAGUACCGCUGGCUUUUACCGAGUAUCAAAGUUACUGUGAUGUUAAACUGACCGGAAACAAAGUUAUCAGUGAACUUUGUUGGCAUCCAUUGAUAAGUAACAUCGCAGUAGCAGCUUAUGCGACUUAUUCUAAAAGUCAAAGCAUUGUGGGACCAAAAUAUUACCAGGAUAAUAUAUUACGAGCUUGUCACGAGAAUAACAAAAUUCUCUUGUGGUCUUUGGAUGACUGUCUUGUGCCAAAGUUUAUUCUCAAGUGUCCUCGUGAAGUGACCGCUGUUAGCAUUAGACCACUCGAUGGAAAUGUCAUCAUUGGAGGAUGCUCCAAUGGCCAGGUAGCAGUUUGGUCAAUUUCGGAGCAAAUUGAAUGCAUAAAACUAAAGAAAUUAAGUGAUGACGAUGCACAAACUAAGUGCAAUACGUCGAUGAAGAAUCUGAUGAACUGGAUGAAAGAGACCACAAGUUCGAGGAUGAUUUAUCCUACGGCAAUGUCCUCGAUUAGAAACGGGCAGACCGGAGCUAUAACUCAGAUAAUCUGGCUGGCGAGUUACAGUAAGCUCAACGAGAAUGGAAAGUUACUCGAGUUGGAGGAAAACUCGGACGUUGAGGAACUUGGUUGGCAGUUUGUGACAUCCAGUGAGGACGGCACAGUCGCCUUCUGGGAUCUGAGGUCGGCAAUUCCAUUUCCUCAUAUCCCCCAAUUGAUUCUUCCCUCUAAAUCCCACAAUCGCUUAUUUUGUUUCUUAUCUCAUAUUGAUUUCUUCUUUUUUGCCUUACAACUUCUACAAGUACUUGGACGAUCGAUAUCAUCUCUGAAAGUACACGACGGUCUAUUGAGUCCUACAUACAUACUAUCUGUUGAAAAAAGUAUAUCAAACUCCGAGUCCUGCAGUACCGUUGUCAUCACCACAAUGACCUUCUACAGUCCUCAAAUCCAACGAGUUGAAGUUGAGCCAUUUCCGAUAGACUUGCAUCAUCACGACACUACCGAUCCUGUUGGAGCACCAAGAUAUUACAAAUCUGUAGUAGAAAAACCGACAGGAAUAUCACAAAUACUCCGAAUAAUUCUCGUGGGUACUCUCGAUGGCGAUGUAGGCCGAAUCACGUGGGAUGGUUUUGAUUUUGAAACUGGACUAACAGUGAAUCGCGAAUCAGCCCGGUGGAUCUGGCGGAACGAAGGCAUUCACGAUGGACCUGUCACCCAUUCGAUAAGAUCUUGCUAUCUUGAUAAUGUCGUAUUAACUGUAGGUGGAAAAAGCUUCGCCAUUUGGCGUGAGGAUUUUGAUGAACCCAUUUUCUUCAGAAGAUCCUCGAUAAGAUACACCGCGUGCUCGUGGUAUACUUGCCGUCCGACAGUCUUUAUGCUGGCACGUGCUGACGGCACCAUUGAAUUCUGGGACUUGAUGGUCAAAAGCAACGAAGCUUGCUUCACACAAAGUCUCUCGGGUCAGAUCAUAACGGGAAUUUACCCACACGAGUUUGCUACAACGCUUAAAGCUGACGGUACUGUUGCUACUGGGCAGUGUGUUGCUUUUUGUGAUGUUAAUGGCAUGAUGCGGGUCUUCACAGUGCCACCAGAGUUUUCAGUCUUCGAGGAGGGUAACGUCCACUGGAUGAGAGCAUUUGUGGACCGUGAGGUCAACAGAAUAGAAUUAACAAGACAAUGGACAAAGUCUUGGAUGGACAAUACUGACAACAACAAGAGUAUCGAAAAAACUACCAGCUAUUCUCAAGAAGUUCGAAAAAAAGUUAUUGAAACUGUGGACAAAACCGAACCCGGUCGAGUGACUAAAAUCGAUAAGACAAUAAAAUCCAAACCGGUAUGUUCUCAAUACAAAGAACGUACAAGACAAUUUAUUAAGGAAGCACAAAACAAUUGGAAGACAAUGGAAUUGAAACGUAUGCAACGAGUAAUUUUGGCAAAGAAGGGGCUCCGUGUCGAGGAACUCGAGAGACGUCGGGAGCCAGUAUUAAAGCUACGGCAGGAAGGAUUGAAAAAAGAAGAAAAAAUUCGUGAUAUGAUGCAGCAGAGAGACCGGAUAUUCGAGGACACAGUGGCCUUCCUUUUUCCGGAACGGAACUACGACUACGGCUAUGGCUAUGGCUACGCCAACGUAACGCCAGACAAUCUUCAACAGAUUAUACAUAACUUCCAACAAGUUUCUGUGGAUUUGGAAAUUAUGCGGCGAAAUCAUGCAAGGAUGUCUGUUGAUUCUUUUGAUUGGCAGCAGACCUUGAUUGAGGCACAGAAACAUGCUAAAGAUGAUCGAAAAUGA